UGUGGUGGUUAAAGGAAACAUGGACUCAUCCUAUAAAGACAGUUUCAAAGACAGAAUUCAGUGGGACCAACAGACUGGACAGUUCACCAUCAGAGAUCUAACAACCAGUGAUUCAGGGAUGUAUGUUGUGGACGGGAAGGGAGGUGUCAACACAAUAUAUCAACUCACUGUGUAUGAACCUGUAUCCAGACCCAUGUUGACAACAGUAGUUAAUCAGAGCUGUUCAGUGGAGUGUUUUGUGAAAAAUGACAGAGAUGUGACCCUUUCCUGGUUCAGUGGAAAGGAGAUACUCAACCACACCAGCAGCCCUGACCUUUCCAUCAAGCUCUCUCUCCCUCUGGAAGUGGACAAAGAGAACAGAACCUCUUAUAGAUGUGAGGCUGCCAACCCUGUUACCAAGAAGAAUGUGACGUUUCAUGUCCCAGAGUCCUGCAUGGUGACUAAGAUGACAGCCAUAUGUCACACCUGCCUCCUCUCUAAUCCGGUGCUCAGCAUCGCCGGUCUUCUAUCUGGCAACAACCUAAAGCCCCUUUCCUCCACUCACCUGGUCAUCAACCCAACGCCCCAUCCAUCCUCCACUCCCCUGGUCAUCAACCCAAUGCCCCAUCCAUCCUCCACUCCCAUGGUCAUGAACCCAACGCCCCAUCCAUCCUCCACUCGCCUGGUCAUCAACCCAACGCCCCAUCCAUCCUCCACUCCCCUGGUCAUCAACCCAACGCCCCAUCCAUCCUCCACUCCCCUGGUCAUCAACCCAACGCCCCAUCCAUCCUCCACUGCCAGAUUGUCUUCCUCAUUACACACCUGGUUUCCAUUCCUCUAA